AUGUGUGUUCUAUUAGCAGGUGGUGGGCGGAGGGGCCCGUCAGCCUUGGCCCUGGCCCGGAAACAUCCACUAGUGAUGGAGACCAAGCUGAAGAUUAUAGAAAUACUGCAGUUUAUCCUGGACGUUCGUUUGGACUACCGCAUCAGCUGUCUGCUGUCGAUCUUCAAGAAGGCCUUCGAGACCUCCUCGCCGGACGCUCUCGGUCGAGUGGACGUGGAGGCCAUAGGACUACAGGCCGAGGGGAUCUUCAACUGUCGAGACGGUUUAGACCUGGAUGCUUGCGGCGGUCGUAUGGUGUUGAGAGUUCUGCUGCAGCUGUGUUCCCAGGGUGCUUCGGCCAGUCUCGUUUCAGGAGCCCUAGCGCUGCUAUUCCGUCAUUUCAGUCAGAGACAAGAAGUUUUGGAGGCUUUUAAGCAGGUCCAACUGUUAGUGUCUGACGCGGACGUGGAGUCCUACAAACAGAUCAAGGCCGACCUGGACAUACUGAGACAGAGCGUUGAGAAGUCGGAGCUGCGGGUGGUCAAUAAGGGACGCGCCGGGAUUAUAGAUGAUCACAGCGAUAUAAAAGGCGCCGUUGGUCCUGGCGGGGCGGUGUUGGAGCGAAACGCGUCCUUAGACAACGUGCGAGCACCGAGAGGAGAUCAACAGGACUACGAUAAGAUUAAAGAGGUACAAAAUAAAUAUUGCAUUUAUAUCAAUCUUCUACCCGGCAAUUUCCCAGCUUUUAGCCAGGGUCUGCCUUACAUGUUGUGA